AUAUUUUUCUUGUAAAAACAUUUAUUUCUUUUAGGUAGUACUUGAUCAGCCCGGUGGCCAUUUCAUUAAUUCAUUCAUUCAUCAGUCCCAAAGCUAUAGUGCUUUAUGUUAUAAGUCUCUCAAUUGAUGUGUCCGCUGUGGAAGGGUGUAUAUAUACAAGAUGACAAUCAAUGCAUUGUCGGAAUCUACAAUUCACCUCUUAGGUUCUUCUCAGGUUCUUACCACACCUACAUCUCUCAUCAAGGAGCUCAUUGACAAUGCCCUUGAUGCCAAAGCUACGUGUAUAGAUAUUCUUAUUUCUCAAAAUACCAUUGAUAAGAUUGAAGUCCGCGAUAAUGGAGAUGGUAUUCAGCUUGGGGAUCUCGAUGCCUUGGGGAGGCGGGGUCACACUUCUAAAUUGACAACCUUCACGGAGCUCAGGAAUCUAGGUGGCAGAAGUCUGGGGUUCCGGGGAGAGGCACUAGCAUCUGCUUGCCAACUUGGAGAUGUUUCAAUAACUACAAAAACGGAUGGCCAGCCAGUUGGCACGUGUGUAAAAUUGAAGGCUAUGGGUGGAAUUCAGUCACAAUCUCGAACUUCCCAUCCUAUUGGAACAACGGUUUGUGUAAUGAACUUCAUGUCAAAGUUACCUGUUAGGAAACAAACCGCCUUGAAAGAAGCACCAAAGACUAUUGGUAAAAUUCAACAGCUGGUACAGAGGUAUGCUCUAGCACGAGUUUCAAUCAAGCUUACCCUCAAAAUUGUAAAGGGUGCCAAGGGUGCAUGGUCGUACGCACCUCGUCCACAUGGUGGCAUCAAAGAUUCAGUGUCUCUUGUUAUUGGUCGAGACACUGCUUUGCAAUGUUCUGAAACGUCAAUGAUAUUUUCUGAUUCGCCUGACCUUCACGAGGGCUCGAAUGUUCCCUCUGGUCUUGGCGCUGCAAAUGGGGUGCCGGCUUCUCAUUUUUGCCUUGAAGCUUUCCUCCCCCGAAACGAUGCAGACCCAAAUAAGUUAGGAAAGGGACAAUAUUUAUCGGUUGAUUCCAGGCCAGUAGCAUCCGAGAAAGGGACCAUGAAGAAGAUCAUAACCAUUUUUAAGAAAUACCUUCGAAGUGUGUUAACGGCGGAGUCUUCUUUAGAGAAAAUCAAGAGUCCCUUUAUACGUCUCAACAUUGUCUGCCCUGAAGCAAGUUAUGAUCCAAAUGUUGAACCCGCUAAGGAUGACAUCAUCUUCGAGAACGAGAAGCUUGUGCUGGAAGCGGCAGAGAGGAUGUUCAAGAAUUUUUAUGGAGAGUGUGACACGGUCAUAUCUAGACUAGCAAAGAACAACAUUGAGACUAAUUCCGCUGGAUUUGAUAUCCUUCUUGCCCGAAACACUCAGCAGGAUUUCCCAACACCAUCAGCUAUUGUCGACCCACCAUUGACACCCAAAGACACUCAUUUUGUCACUAGCUCCAAUUCAAUCAUUAUGUCCAACGUUGGUCCCGCUACUACUAACGAUGCCUCCAGCAUAGCAGAGCCCGAGAACAGUGAGGUAUCUGAGGAACCAAGCGCCCUUCGGAUGAAUCGAAAAUGGGGAUGUGACAUGUCUCAGGACUACACAGAAUACACAGAUGAUUUCUGUCGUCGAGCUUCUGUUAAUCAUAUGCAGAACCAAUAUAGCUUCAACAGCAAUCAGCAGCCUAUUCCCAUAGAUUUGAAUCCUUGGAUCAUUGCUAAAAUGACCGCUCCAAUCCAAGAUGAAACUGCCACAAGUUCGAGCACCAUCAACACAAAUUCAAGCUCGAAUAUACUGCUAAAUUCGAUAAAGGACGACUCUCUUCAAGUCAUGUCACCCCGCCGUGUUACUGCUGCUGUUUCAUCUCCGCAAAGCCGACGCAUUGACAAACCCAACGCUAGCAUAGCAGAUAUUUUACAGUCGCACUCCAACUUUAGGCGCCAUGUUCAUGAAAGCCGUAUGCAAUCUGCUGAUUUUACAGAUCCAAUGACCCAGAAUGAUUUGCCCGUAAUCAACCACAGGCAUAGUCACCUGAAUAUUAACGGGUUCACUACGGCUACGAAUCUUGUUGAAACAUCUUUAAUGUCGCCGCCAAAUACGUCUCCAAACAUGCAGCAGCAGAAGAAAACGGGGAGCCAAGGGCUAAAUAAGCCCUUUAUACCUCCUUUCCGAACGCCGAACUCUAGCGGUGUUUCUGUUGGCCUUGUUCAAACACAGCUAAAGCUUCCUCACCAGCCUUUUAUCGUACAAAGAGAGGCAAGUGACCCGCCUAUUGCCGCCGCAACUUCAGAUCCGGAAACACAGCAGACAAACUUUGAGUUGGAGUGGGCUAUGGACUUCGAACACAGAAAAGAGGACGCUACUCGCCGCCGAAGAGACGAGCUUCAAGCUAUGCGAGAGUUAUCUCAGCAGCAAUCCGUUACGGGCCAAACCUCUUCCCGACAAUCUCCCCACAAGAAUCGUUACAAUGCUGCUUUGGCCAGCCUUGGAAGACCCACAGAAAAUUUGGAAGAGCGUUCUUCCGAGACGAACACUAGCGGAGUGAAGACUUCGCUUCCGGAUAGUGACCCUCGAGGCUACUUGAUGAAGAGACAAAAAUCCUUUUCUGUUCUAUCUAGCAUUACAGGAGGCCCUCGAAAGUUGAAGCGGGCUCAAACUUUACGCCUUCCCCUAGAAUCGAUACCUGUAGACUUAGAAACCCGUCGUCUUCUCCAAACGGUCCCGAGUGGUAUUGAUAGUAUCUCAAAGCUUGUCAUGGAGACAUCGAAGCAGGAUACUUAUGUUCGCCGGGGAAUUCAAGCCAUUGGCCUUGAGAUGACGGCUACAGAUAGGGAGGCUGUAGGAAAGAAAUUGUAUCAAGUAGUUGAGGCAUGGAUGAAUUUAGGAAGAGGAGAGAAGUGCGAUGUUGAAUUUGAAUUUGGUGGACUGGGUUCGCUUCAUGGUGCUUGAUUGUGUUGUAAAAAUAUGGAUUAGGCGGGAAGGUAGUAUAUAUGGCUUACACAUGGCGUUUUGCUAAUUCGAGAUACCCAUUUGCUUUCCCAGCGGUUGUUUUAAUAUAGAUUAUCAAAAGCUUUUUGUU